AUGUUGCGCAACGAAUAUUAUAAAGACGACAUAAUUUACAUUACAUAUUUGACGCGAAACGUUUUGAGCUUACUCGGAGUAUGGCCGUUUUAUAGGAAAAAAUCUACCCGAGAAAAAAUUUGGAAGUACUUAUUAAUCUUGAUCUAUCACAUUCUCCUCUAUUCUGUCCUGAUACCUGGUGCUCUUUUUUGGUUGGUCGAGAAGAGAGCACGUGUCAGGGUCCGAACAAUCCCUCUGCUUCUUUAUGGCAUCAUAACAUGUGGUAAAUAUGGCAGUUUGAUAUUCCAUGAGAAAAACAUAAAACGCUGCUUGCAGCACAUCGAGGAAGAUUAUAAAGUUGUUACCAACGCAAAAGCGCGGAACACGAUGAUUAAAUCUGCAAAAAUUGGAAGACGUCUGGUUACACUUUGUGCGAUUUUUAUGUACGGUAGCGGGCUCUUUUUUCGACUGAUUUUGCCAUUUGCCAAAGGACAAAUCAUCACUUCACAAAAUGUUACGAUUAGACCUCUGCCUUGCCCAGCUUACUUCAUUUUCUUCAAUGUACAAGUCAGCCCCACUUACGAGCUGAUCUUUGCAAUACAAGUAUUAUCUGGGAUAGUCACUUUCUCGAUAACAACAGGUUUAUGUGGUCUUGCGACUCUUUUCGUGAUGCACGCCUGCGGCCAGCUGAAGGUCCUCAUAAAUUUGAUGACAAAUCUUGUCGAGGAAAAGUGGCAUGAAAAACGAGAACUGAACAGAAAACUGGCAAGAAUGGUUGAACACCAGAUAAGAUUUCGAAGUUUUUUACAAUUGAUAGAAAAUACUCUACAUCAAGCGUGUCUAAUAGAAUUGAUGGGAUGCACGAUGUUAAUCUGCCUUCUAGGAUAUUUUAUAAUAAUGGAAUGGGAGAAUAGCAAUCGAAUAGCUAUGUUCUCCUAUUUUUCAUCAAUUACAUCCAUGAUGAUAAACGUGUUCAUGUUUUGUUAUACUGGUGAACAACUUACCAUUCAGGCAGAGGAAGUAGCUAGAAAAUCUUGCGUACUUGAAUGGUAUCGUCUUCCGAAUAAAGACGCGCGGGGAAUCGUGUUAGUAAUAAUCAUAUCAAACUUGCCCGCUAAGAUCACAGCUGGGAAGAUCGUGGAUUUAUCAUUCAAGACCUAUGGUGACGUUAUAAAAACAGCUGUGACAUAUUUUAAUAUGCUUCGAAAAAUGACCGGCUGA